AUGGCGUAUGUUAAGGCCUCUACUUGCCCGAUAGUUGGAAACAACCAAUCGGGUAGUAGUUUUUGGAAGAAGACAACGGAUAGAUUUAACGGGAUUAUGGAGCAUGGUCCGGCUCGUGAUGUCGAAUCCGUCUCGGGCAAGUGGCGAAAAAUGAUCAAGGUCGUCAACGCUUUUAACGAAAUUUAUAACCAAAUUUACCUUUCUCCUCCAAGCGGGAGUAACGACGCGGACAUUCUUAACCUUGCUAUCGCCAAGUGGGACUCUCAAAAUCCAACGCCUUUCCCGCACUUCCGAGCAUGGAACGUUGUAAGGAAAGAACAAAAAUGGAAGCCGAUUCCAAAUGAGGUCGCAACGGCCAAACGCACUAAAACUUCCGAGUCCGGAAGUUAUAGUGCGGGAGGCUCCACCGCUCGAUGUCAAAUCGACAUAAACGACGACCCGGAAGAUGACGAGGAUGUCUUGCCCGUUCACGAGUCGGAACGUCCCCCCGGGAGGGACAAAGCAAAAAAAGAAGCGGCCGGAAAGCGAAAAGUGGCCGGCUCGAGUGGAGGUGGCGGCUCGAGUGGAGGUAGGGGCGAGAAGGCAUCGUCAAAAAUGGACGACUUGAUAAACGAAUUCCGUUCGUUCAAAGAGUUCGCGGCCGAAAGUAUUCUCACAAGAAAAACGUGUCGUCCGACUAUGCUCGAGCGGAAGAUUUUAGGAUUAUGCGGUUGGAUCUCGACUCGGUUCCGGAGGAUGAACGCGAGGUUUAUCGGAGGAUGA